CGAGUCGACCGCACAAUCGAGGUAAUGUGCGUAGAUGACGCUGUUGCGGUAGAUGGCGACACAACCAGCGAGGGGUGCCUCCAGCGUAUGAGCUGCUCCCAUGUUCAUCAUGCUGGUCGCUGAGAUUAUACCCUUAAUUACCUGAUCCGGGUCAUACCGGCGGAGGGACUGCUGUAGUUCAUGCUUUGCAUUUUUCUCCUAUUGUAGCACCAUGCAAGCUAUCCGCUCUGCGAUCACCAAGCGUGCCCUCUCCACUGUUGGACCCCACGCUCCUCGCAUCCAACGUUCUGGCAACGCCAACUUGCCUGAUGCUGCGUGGCGCGCUGCCAACGCCGCCCGCACCUCUCCGUUUGACGGAUACACUUUCGCCCCUGUGAAGGAAGCCGAAGUCUCGCGUGAAAUGACCACUCGGUACAUGAAGGACAUGUACGACUUUGCCGAUUCGGACGUGAUCAUUGCCGGUGCCGGUUCCGCUGGUCUGUGCGCUGCGUAUGAAUUGUCGAAGCACCCCAACAUCCGUGUCGCGAUCAUUGAACAAAGCGUGGCCCCCGGUGGUGGCGCGUGGUUGGGCGGUCAGCUGUUCUCUUCCAUGAUUGUCCGCAAGCCUGCGCAUCACUUCUUGGACGAAUUGGAAAUCCCCUACGACACCAAGGGCGACCACGUCGUGAUCAAGCAUGCUGCUUUGUUCACGUCUACCGUCAUGAGCAAGGUUUUGAAGGCAAGCAACAUCAAGCUCUUCAACGCGACCGCCAUUGAAGACUUGAUUAUCAAGAAGGGCCGUGUUGGUGGUGUCGUAACCAACUGGACUUUGGUCACCCUGAACCACGGCACCCAAUCGUGCAUGGACCCGAACGUGAUGGAAAGCAAAGUGCUCAUCUCUGCAUGUGGUCACGACGGUCCCAUGGGUGCCUCGGGUGUGAAGCGCCUUCAAAACAUCGGGAUGGUCGAUCACAUCCCUGGUAUGGGGUGCUUGGACAUGGCUGCUGCCGAAGACGCGAUCGUGAAGGGUACCCAAGAAAUCGUGCCUGGCAUGAUUGUGGCCGGGAUGGAAGUGGCCGAACUGGAAGGUGCCCCCCGCAUGGGCCCUACCUUCGGCGGUAUGAUGAUCUCUGGCCAAAAGGCCGCCCACUUGGCGUUGGAAUCGCUCGGCAUCAAGAGCCACCUCGACCCUAACAUGUCGUUCGAAAUGAACCCGUUGCGCAAGGCCGCGUAAACGCGCGCUGUCGACGAUGAAUCCCCGACGUCUGUAGUAGUGACCCAAGAUAAUGUACAUUUUCGAUAUCUCGUGGA